UCAUUCGACUAUUGCAGGUUAUGUGAAAUUGUGAGAACUUUUUUGUUGGAAAGUUGCGUUGAAAUAAGUGUUGAAAAUGACGCUGAGGUUCAAUCCUCCUGAGAUCAGGGAGAACCCCAAUGGUUGGGGGCCUCCCUUGGGAACUGUGCCGGAGAAGUUCAAGGACAUGCCUUAUCAACCGUUUUCGAAGGGCGAUCGGUUGGGAAAAGUAUCUGACUGGACUGGGGCCACUUAUCCUGACCGGAAAUACCAAAACAAGUACGCUUCGACUUACGGAGGAAACCAGCAGUAUGUUUACUCGUACUAUCAUGAAGAGGAUGAGAGCUCAUUCCAGCUGGUGGACACGACUCGUGCGCCCAAACCGCUCUAUCAGCGUGGGCGUUUUAUGCGUCGUGCUAAUCGAGGUCGCCAGCAGCAAACCAGGCAGAAUCAGCCUCAGAUUCUCCGUGGUUCGAAUCGACGAGGUCAGCAGCGAAAGAUGAAUCGAUGGGGCUACCGUGGACGAUAUGACCAUCAAAACAGAAUGCCCGUGAAGAUGCGUGAAUCAUCUGUAACGGUGAAACCAACCUGGAAAGUUGUUGAAGAAAUGGACUUCCCGAGACUCACCAAACUAUCGCUUCCGAAUGUUAGCGAUCCAGUUGAUCUGCGAUUGUGCGGAAAGAUGGAGUACUACGAUAGGUCAUUCGAUCGCGUGAAUACGAAAGUGGAGCGUCGUUUGAUCCGCAUUGACCGGAUCAACCACAAAGUCACGACCACUGACGACCCCAUUAUUCGCCAGUUGGCAAUGGAAGGAAAAGGAAACAUUUUCGCUACUGAUGUCAUUUUGGCCACGAUUAUGUGCUGCACGAGAUCUGUUUAUUCGUGGGACAUUGUCAUCGAUAAAGUGGAUGAUAAGCUUUUCUUUGACAAGCGAGACGACUCUGAAUUCGAUUUGCUCUCCGUGAAUGAGACGUCCAGCGAGCCACCACAGGAAGAAGGCGCGAGUAUCAACUCGCCACGAAACUUGGCCCUGGAAGCUCUAUUUAUUAACCACAACUUCUCUCAACAAGUAUUGCGCAUGAAUGAGGAGAGCUACAAGUUCCCUGAAGAAAAUCCAUUCGCGAUGGAAGGAGAAGAAGGAGAACUUGCGAGCGUAGGAUAUCGUUACCGUUCCUGGGAUCUGGGGAACGGAAUGCAGCUUGUUUCCCGUUGUGAACAUGAUGCUGUAUUGCCGGGACCGAAUGGCGAAGUCCAGUUUUUGAAUGUCAAGGCCUUGAAUGAGUGGGACCCUCGUUUUUCGGGCGGGAUUGAAUGGCGUCAGAAACUUGACACGCAGCGCGGAGCUGUACUGGCCAAUGAGUUGAAGAACAAUUCCAACAAACUGGCCAAGUGGACGAUCCAGGCAAUCAUGGCCGGCUCAGAUCACAUCAAAUUCGGCUAUGUUUCUCGCCAAACAGUCCGCGAUUCGGCCCGUCACGUCAUCCUCGGCACGCAACAGUUCAAGCCCGUGGAAUUCGCCAACCAAAUCAAUCUGAGUAUGGACAAUGCUUGGGGUAUUCUCCGAACUCUCGUGGACCUAUGCAUGAAGCUGCCCGACGGAAAGUAUUUGCUCAUAAAAGACCCCAACAAGCCGAUGGUGCGGCUGUACGACGUGCCGGACGACACGUUUGCGUCCGAUGCGGAAGACGAGGACGAGGACGGAGAAGAUGGUGAUGAAGAGGAUGAGGACGGCGAUGAAGGCGGAGAUGGGGAUGAGAAGAAGCAGAAGAAAAAGAAACCUGUUGCAGAUAAGGCCGAGGCCAGCGCUAAUGAUGUUCCUGUUCUUCGUAACGUGUCCCAGAAAUGUGUCAUGGAAAACGACGAGGAUUCUCAGACUGCGAUCGUGACCGCGGUGUUGGUCAGGAAACUGAAAUCCGGAUGGGCUCAGAGGGAUAUGGAGAGCUUUUUCGAAUGUUUGCAGGCCAACAUCGUCCGAGGGCGGAAUGCCAGAGAUUUUCUUUGUUGGAAAGACGUUCACGCACUUGCUCAGUCCGAAGAUUCUCAUUUCGACUUCGUUGCGUGGUUACUCCAUCAUAUAUUCGGCACGAUGCUGAAUGCCCCGGAAAAUGCGAAAGAUACAGAAAAAUACGCAAUCGUUAUAGCUGAUUGCUUCCUCAUGUUAGCGGACAGUAUGCCGAGUAUUUUCGAACGCAUUUUUUCUGCCACACUAGAUGAUCUCGAGUAUUUGUUGCUCAUGCUUUCAAGCAAUACGUCGGAGCGACGGUUCUUCGGCUUGAAGCCUGACUUUCAAACGGCUAAGUUGGAGUAUUUCCCUAUUAUCCAGGAUUCGGAACAGGUCCUUCUUCGGCUUAUGCAAGUAUUGAAGUAUGUGAUUGGAGAAACUCCGCUCGUCCAGCCAUUAUACUCUGAAAUGUGGAUCAAACUGGCGCAUGUUUUAGAACACGGUUCCUUGGGAAUGCAAGUACUAGCUCUCGAAUGUACUGAUCAAUUGGUGCAGGACUACGCCCCUGAUGACGCUUGCUGGAAAAUUAUUCUUGAACUAAUCGAAACGAACGUUUUCGGCCGAGGAAACUGCGUGUGUGAUGCGGAUUUAGAGGACAAAGUCAUGAUUGUUACGGGUCGAUUGUUGGAGAGUCAAGUUGAUGAGCAAGUGCCGGAUUAUUUUUCUUGUCAAGUAGCUGCCAUGACUCUCGACUUUUUUCCUGCUCCUCGUUGGCACCUAAUUGCUGAUAAAUGGAAGCGUGUUCUCAUGAAUCUGGUGGUCAAGACGGUGAAACUCGGGUUUCUGUCGGUUUCUGAUGAACAUCUUGAAAAAUUGGCGAUAGGAAAUUUUGGCUGGAUCGUUUUGGCCACGGUUGUAAAUCAGGAAAUGAGCAAAAAACUCGACCUCGCCCCAGAAACUCGGAAUGACCACGGAUCAAGAAAAAGGCGUCGCUCUGGGUCGUCGUUGAACGGCGUUUCAAAGCACGUUGCUCGACAUUGCGAUGAAAAAGUGCUUAAUGACUGCUACUCCGCCAUUUCCUGGUGCAUUCCACGAAUGUUGUUGACUGUGAUCCUCUGUACCGACGAAACAGCCGCAUCAGAUGCCUAUGAUUCUCUUCACCGGUUGUCGACAGAGUUGUUGAAGCUUGGAACGAUCCCCGAUUUUUGUAAGCUUUCUGCGGAUAUCGCAAGGGUUGCGCUUCUGCCAUUGCUGACCGUGGGGUCCAGUGAAAAUGAGGAUUUGUUGCGUUAUAUCAACCUGAUUGUGCCUGGGCCUACGAAAGCGUCAUGGGAAUGCAGUCGGUUACUCAGCUGUAACUGGAAGAACGUCGAGAAAGGAUUUAGGUUAUUGGCGUCCUUGCCUCGAGGAACGCAAUCCCCAGAUUUGCAAACGCGAUUGACUGUGGCUAAGCAAGUAUUUGAGGAAUCAACUGGAAAAUGGGCGACGAAGUGUCGUCGCAUGCUGCUUGAAAACGCUGGUUUGAUUUACGCAAAUUUUAAAAUGACCGGUUUUGCAUUCCUGAAAGCAAUCAUCGGGGGACAAGUGACACCUCUGCUAGCCUCCGAAGACGAAGCUCCUUUUGUGGCAAACUUACUCAAAUGGAUGCCCUGUGCCCUAAAUGGAAGUUUGGUGCUUCCAAAAUUUGAAGAUGAAGAUGGACCAGUUAUUUGCGCAUCUUGCGACAAUGGGGAUUUGUCAAUGCCUGCUCCGGUUCCCCGCCAAGGACACAAUGUUUUUGAAUCAGAAGCAGAUUUUGUCGAGUCCGUUUUUCUACGAGCAGCAGAAGUGUUGCAAGUGGCCAAGCUGGGUGCUCCAUUGGGGAAUUCGUUCGAACGCUGGAUGAAGCAUAACAUGACGAAUCCGUCUGCUGAAUUUAUCAAAAGUUUAUUUUUGGAGAUAUUCAAGGAUCAAAACAAUGGUCCAGAACGACAGUUGCUGCUCCGCCAAAUUCCAUGGUUGAUCGUUCGGGAAGAUGAAGUCAAGUUUCUUUCCGGAAAAUUUUGCUUUUCGUCACGCGGCUGCAUGCCUGUAGAGCUUGAAGAAGCUGUUCUUGCAUCUCGAGUGGAAUCGAAUUCAAUCGAAUCGUUGGAUGCCGCAUUGUUCGCUACUUUCGAUGAAGUGCUGGGACGCGAAGGAACUGAUGGCUGCCAGCGAACGGAUGUCAUUGUGGGAAUCGGCUCCUGUGCCAAGUUGCCGAGAUUGCAGGCUCGGUGUUUCAAAGCGCUGACGGAUGUACUGCUGUAUCAAGGAACACGAGGACUACGGGCCUCGGCUGCGAUGGAAAUUCAGCGCGUUGCGAAAUGGUUUGGAACAACUCCUCGAGCUUUAGCAGCUUUGCAUGCCGCCGAACUGGGUGCUUGUCUGGCGGCAUUCGUCGUCGAUCGUGGGGACGCCAAAGAAGGCGAACUCGUCUAUUAUCGCUCUCUCCAAGUUGCACUCGGAGAAGCGUGGGGCUUCGGGGAGCUAUCGAAUUCAUUUGACAUUCUGUUGCACAGAAUUGUUUGUCCUGUUAUUGUUGCCUCGCUGAGGCGGGAUGGUUCUUUCAAAGGAUUAGCAACGUUGGCUCAGUGGGUGGCAAGGGCCAAAUCAUUGCCGAAAGGACACAGGAUUCCGUUCAUGUUGCGGGAUUCAUUUCCGGCGAUGUUGAAUGAACUGCUGCUCAGUUAUUCAAUAAACCCCGAAGGCAUCCUGCGUGGCAUCACUCUUCUUGCGCUUCAGGAACACGAGCAGCAAAAGAUUACGAAGCAAUCCAAUAAAGCGGCGAAACUGCGUCGUGAAGAAAUCGCUGAAUUUCUUCGAUUGAGAAUUCUUGGGGCAUUGUGCGAAUUUGACUUGCUGUUCGUGAAGCCCAGCGUUUCUCUGGGAGAUAAGAUUGUUGCCGUACAAUCGCUGAAAGACAUUAUUGUAUUGCUGGGACCCGAAAUAGUGACCAACCUGAGGCACAAGUUCAUGAUGUCGUUGCGGACAUUGCAGCGAUUGCACGAGUCAGGAAUGGUCGCUGAACACGCUGUCGGUGCUUGGUCGAAUUUUGCUGCCAAUUUGCGUGAAGGAGCAGCCGGGACUUUGGCACGUGAGAUGGCGAUAAGUUUGGUCCCUUGGGCUGCCAUGCAACCUGUUGCCGUUUCGAACCUGGUUAAGGGGUUAUUUGCCAAGCAAAAGGAAUGGACUCAGGUCGUUUCCCCGCAACUUUUGGACAUAUCAUUUUUGCAGCUUCUAAAAAUUCCUCAGCUCGAUCGUGUUGUUGAGGAAAUAUAUUCGUCCUUGAAAAUAUCUCAGGGGUAUGAGACAGUGCAAGAAAUUCGGAAAGCAUUGGCUGGUUUGAAGCUGAAGGAUUCUGAGUUGAAGAAACAUGCGUUGAUGAAUCUAAAACGAUGUCUGACGACGGACGAUGAAACGGUUCUGGAUGUCGUCACAAACUUCCAGCAGAAUUCCGUGCUUAUUCAAGAAAUCGUAGAUGGAUUGAUGAUUUUGAGUCGCACGGCUGAUUCCGGUGUGUUGCCCGUCAUUGCUGAAUGCUUUGGGGCCGUGGGUGCUGUUGAUCCCGGACAGCUUCAGUUGACUCGAUUUACAGCCAACAAAGACUCGGAACAUUUUUUCACAAACAUCCGAGGGGAUGACUUUAUUAAAGAUCUCAUCCUGCGUUUGGUGGACGCGUUCCUGAGUCUGGAUUCGUUACACAAUCAAAACUGUUGCGCUUACGCUUUGCAGCAAGUCAUGAAGGCCUGUAAAGUCGGACCUGGGGCAAAGACUGCCUCUAAAUCAACCGGACAGAACUUGUGGAAGACGUUGGACGCUGGUACCAAAGAAGUGCUAAGCCCUUUACUCAAAUCGAUGUACAUGGUUAAGGACAGUGACAAAAGCGAGAAAACGUUCCAGUCGCCACUUUUCGGAUCGAGAUCGUAUUCAGAGUGGAUCACUGUCUGGCUGCUCGUUUUGAUGCAAUCAGUGAAUUCUUCGACGAAAGAGCUUCUGGAGGCCACUAAACCAAUCUUCAAAGUGGAUGUAGGAGUUGCGCAGCAUCUUCUUCCUUACGUCAUCUUGCAUGCCGUUAUCGAAGGCUCAGAUGCUGAUCGAGAAAACAUUCGGAAAGAGAUCUUUUCGGUGCUGGGGGCAUCGGCAUCCAGAUGUCGCAAGUGGAUGGAAAACGACGAAUUGUCGCUGUCUUGCGACCAUACACAAAUGCCGAGCGAAAAUCAAAUUAGUGAAGGGCUUGCUGUCAGUCGGAUGAAUGAUAAAUCUUCAAUGGAUGAAAAUGCCGGAAGGAAAAGGCAUACUGAGGAUAGUGCGUUUCAUUGUGCUCAGACUGUUUUCACCGCUUUGGACUACCUCACUGUGUGGGCGCUGAAAAUGAAAGCAUCGCUGAUGCAGUCAACCGAAAGAAGCGAAGAGUCCGUGUCGAGGGUAGAAAAUUUCUUGAAUAAAAUUGAUCAGCUCACCCUGGCUGAAGCUGCACUGGGCUGCCAUGCUUUUCGGAGAGCUCUGAAACACAUGGAGUCGUAUUUGUUAAUCUCUCAUGGUGAAAUCCAGAAUAAACUACGAUUUCUCCAGUAUGUGUAUCUUCACUUGGACGAAAGUGACGGAGUUGCCGGUGUUUCUGCGAUCAGGUCUGCUCCACCAAACCUCCGUGAACAGAUCGCGGAUCAUGAAGCGAGUGGGAAGUUACAUCAUGCUUUGGUGACUUACGAAAAGGCAUUGCGACAAAAUCCGAAUUCCACAUUUCUCCUCACGGGGAAGUUGAGAACCUUGAUGGACAUGGAUCAGUGUCAGACUGCCCUGAUGUUGUGCCAGAGUAUGGAGGCCACGAAGUCCUCAUUGCCGAGUUUGGCGGAGUUUCAAGUGGAAGCUUCUUGGCGUCUGGGAAAUUGGGAUACGUUGUCGAAGCUUCAAAAUUCAACGGAAAGGAAUGAGCGUUCUUGGUCGGUGGAAAUAGGGAAAGCUCUCGCAACCGCGUAUACUGACGGACCGUGGACUGGAAUCGAACAGCAUUUGAAAAUUUUACGAACGCUGGAAGUGGAACCUUUGACAACAGCUAGUCUGGAAAUCGGUUCCUAUACGCUGGCCUACAGUCAUAUCUUGAGACUGCACUUAGUCCACGAGAUGGAGGCUGGCUUGAAGGUACUUGUUCGUUGGAAGGAUUCGUGGCAGAAACGACGUCCGGAAGCGGAACGCAUUUACCAACUGGAAAAACUCGUAUCUUCGUGGAACUCGAGGGCUGGACUGGUUCAGCACAGCUUACGUGUCAUAGAGCCUUUGCAGGCGUUGCGUAGGUCUACGUUGGGACUCUUGGCGUCUGUUGCGUCGUCCAAAAAUGACGGAGAUUCGUUGGUGCGCCGAGUCAACGACGAAAUCGACCGUUCUUGGCUGCUUAGCGCAAAAGCCGCGAGAAAGUCACAGCAUUAUCAUCGGGCGUAUUCGUGUCUCUUGAAUGCUGAAAGACCGAUUAUUGAUGCCGAGCCAGGCUCGGCGGCGAGUCUGCUACGUGCUGAAGUACUGAUCGAAAAAGCAAAACUGGACUGGAAAAAUGGCAAUCAGGAAGAAGCCAUGCGACUGCUCAACUCCAGCGUCGAAUUUUACCUGACUCCUCAAGGUGCAGACGCCGACAUCAGUGUAGACAAAGACAUGGCUGCCAUGACAAGACUGUUGCUGACGCAGUAUUGGGAGGAAGCGGGUUAUCAGGACUCUGCAAAGAUCCGAUCGAGUUACGAGCGAGUUUGUCAGAUGAGUUCUGAUUGGGAACAAGGGUAUUUUUAUCUGGCCAAAUAUCUUGACAAGGUGCAUUCUUCAAAAGGCGAUCGUAGCCGAGAGCUUCAGCCGGACCUGGUGCACACGAUUGUCACAUCGUAUGGAAAGAGCCUGGUUUACGGGUUCCGUCAUGUUUACGAAGCUUUACCCCGAUUGCUGACCUUGUGGAUGGAGUUCGGUACAGCGAUUGAAACCGUUCGGUCCAGUUCUAGUAAAUCCGGAACAGCCAGUAAUGCUCAAAGCAUUAUGCGAGUCCAGCAGAAUCUGAAGGAACUGACGAAAACCGUUUCGGAAACAUUCGAUUCCCUGCCAAACUUCGUCCUCAUGACAUGCUUCAACCAGCUGUUAUCCCGUAUCUGCCACCCGUCCGACGUGGUCUACGACGCUUUGAGGACCUGGAUUGCGAGAUUGGUCGGUACUUACUACCGACAAGCCAUUUGGAUGCUGCUCGCGGUACUUAAGUCGUCGCACGAUGUGCGACGGAAUCGGUGUCAUCAGAUUCUGCAGACGGCCAAGCAGCGGCUGCCUGCCGACACGAGGACUCAAGUCAGCAAAGUCAUGGACGACACAUUGACGUUUUCAGAUUUGCUUUUGAAGCUGUCUGAGCAUGGACUCAAAACACCUGGGAGUAGCGGCGGUGGUUUAAAAGGGCCUCUGAGCAUGUCGACACAUUUUCCGGAAUUGGUGAAGUUGCUGGGAAGCGCGACAUUUUCCCAAGUACUCAUUCCCGUUUCGUCGUUGAUGUCGGUCACGUUUCCGAGUGGACCUGGAGAAGCUUUGGACGAGUCUGACGACGCAAAUGUCAAUCUGGCGACUCAAUGGCAGUGCAAACGGAACCGAUCGCAUGAUUGGAAAGCUUAUCAUCCAUUUCCCAAGCGAGAGGUUUACUUCAAAAAUUUUGAAGAAAAAGUGAUUGUGAUGAAGUCCUUGCAAAUGCCGAAGAAAAUUUCUGCCGUGGGUUCCGAUGGGAAAAUAUAUGGAUUCUUAUGCAAGGCUAGAGACGAUUUGAGGAAAGACUGUCGUCUCCUGGAGUUCACGAAUUUGGUGAAUCGGUGUUUAAAACAAGAUGCAGAGGCUCGGAAGAAAGCUUUACAAAUACGGACUUACCACGUCUCGCCAUUGAAUGAGGACUGCGGAAUUAUCGAAUGGGUGCCGAAUUGUCUCACCUUGCGGCAGAUUUUGAAUGAUCAAUAUUUGCAGCGCGGUGCAAUGCUGGACUACGUGAGGAAGCAUGCGUUGGCGAACAAUGUCCCGUUGGAGAAGAAGCGAGAUUGGUUCUUGAACACAAUUUUGCCGCGUUAUCCGACUGUUCUGCCGUAUUGGUUUCAAACCAGUUUCCCCGAUCCGCAGGCAUGGUACGCUGCUCGUUCCGCUUUUGUUCGGACGACGUCUGUUAUUUCCAUUAUCGGAUACAUUCUUGGUCUCGGUGACAGACAUUGUGAGAACAUUCUGAUGGAUGCCGUGACGGGUGACGUCAUGCACGUCGACUUCAACUGCUUGUUCAACCGCGGGGAAUUGUUCGAGGUACCGGAACGAGUUCCUUUUCGCCUGACGCACAACAUCGUGGGUGCCAUGGGUCCCACGGGUUACGAGGGUGCAUUUCGCCGUGGGUGCGAGACCACGUUGAGAGUGGUGAGAGAGCAUCGGGAUUCUUUUGUAUCCGUGCUGCAAUCGUUCGUGUAUGACCCGUCAUUGGACUUGGUCGGGCCGCCUAGACGCGGCUCCAAGGACCCGUCGCAUGAAGCUGGGGUUCUGGAACGAGCUAAUGCUGUUGUUCUGGAUGUUGAAGAGCGAAUUCGGGGAGUUUUGCGAGUGAGACAAUACCGGGGAAGUGCGCAGCCCGCUGGUCGUCCGCAACUCGUUUCCAAGUUGCCACUAUCUAUCGAGGGACACGUUAAUCAUGUAAUUCAAGAGGCGACUAAUGUUGAUAAUUUGUGCCAGAUGUUCAUGGGUUGGGCUCCGCACAUGUGAAUCGGUACAUUUCUUAUGUGCAUUGGGAUACAUUUUGUCACGAUUUUGUUACUAGAUACA